CAAAAUGUUGCUUUGUUUAUAUUUAACGUGAAGGCACAUUGGAAAUUAUUAUUUGGAUACAAGAAAUUCGACUGAAACGAUAUAAUCAUCAAGAUUAAACCAUGUGACAACAUCGUUAUACUAUAAACCAGUGUUUUAGAUCCAUUGUCAUCAUUUUGCAGAAGGUUAAUAUCGAGUAAUACAUUUCCAUAAUCAAGGAUUGAUAAGGGAAUAACAGAUACAAUGGCAGGCUUGGAAUUGGCUUUAGACUUAUCACGAUCAACAUUCUCUUUUGAUGCAUUAGGCCGUAAUGCAUACAAACAGUCUUCACUGAGUUCCAGAAUUUUGAGUUGUCACGAUAUACAUGGACUUCAAUAUGUUCCAGGAGAGUUUGGGGGCUAUCAAACGGUCCUUAAGAAAGAUCUUCAUCCUAUAUCUUCGUUAGCUAUGCUUGCUUAUAGCAGUAGCGAGUCAGAGAGAAGUCAUUCCACAAGCAGUGAAACGAGUGGCUUCAAUUCCAUGAGAUCUUUUUCUCCAAUUGAAUCAAUAUCGAUGAAGCUCAAAUUUAAUGAAGCAAAAUUAGAACCUGUGAUGUUCGAAUCACGUAAUAUUUUGGAUCUAAAUGGAAAUGUAAGAGGAGACAACAUCCCAUUUUAUACCCCUGCCAAAACCAAUCAGAACUAUUUUUCCUACAACAAAUGUACAACUAAACGAUCUGAAUGCCCUGACUGCGGAUUUGAAACACUGGACUAAUUUUAUCAAUUUCUGACUUAUCACAAUGUGAUAUUUUAUUCAAUUAUAUUAAUUAAUAAUCUAAAAUGACGGACCAACGUUUCAUGUUGGCUACUUAAUAAUAUACUCUUUCAUUUAUACUUUUAUAUAGAUAUGUAAGUUGUGAUACAAAGUACUGUGACUCAUUAUAAAUCGACUGACAAAUUCAUGAUCUAUGAAUCUCGUGCCUUAUAGGUGCUGUGCAAUAAUAAGCUUUAAAAUAUUUUAGUCAUAGUUAAUAUUUAUUAUAUUUAUA